AAAAACCCUUUAAAGUAUCGAAAAACCGAAAAUGAAAGAAAGGUAGCCGUUCGUGUGAAUCACCCACACACCAUUAUCCAUUCACUGAAAGCUACACCAUUCUCUCAACUUCUGAACAAAAAUGGCGUCCACCUCUCUCCUUCCACUCGGUUCUUUUUCUGGGAAUCUGUCUAGCAAUCAUCGAAUAACACGAAACAGACCGAGAAGAGUGACGGCUCAAUGUUUACGGUCGGGAAUUGACACGAAAGGGUCACAAAUUGUUGUGUGUGAGGGUGAAUUAUCGUUAAUUAAGCGAAGGGGUGUGAUCGGAUUAGGUUUAAGCGCUUCAAGCCUUCUAUUUCACUCCCCGGAUGCGGAGUCAGCUGGGUUGCCACCUCAGGAGAUACCGAGAUUAUGUGAUGAUUCUUGUGAAAAGGAGCUUGAAAAUGUGCCUAUGGUAACUACAGAAUCUGGUUUACAAUACAAGGAUAUUAAGGUUGGAUCUGGCCCUUCUCCCCCAGUUGGUUAUCAGGUAGCUGCAAACUAUGUAGCAAUGGUUCCAACUGGACAAGUAUUUGACAGUUCACUGGAAAAACGCCAAGUUUACAUAUUUCGUGUUGGGUCAGGUCAGGUUGUCAAAGGACUCGAUGAAGGAAUUCUGAGCAUGAAGGUUGGAGGAAAACGGCGACUAUAUGUGCCUGGAUCUUUGGCAUUUCCCAAGGGUCUAACUUCAGCUCCGGGACGGCCUAGAGUUGCUCCAAAUAGUCCGGUCAUUUUCGACGUGAGUUUGGAGUACAUACCAGGACUUGAUGAUGAUGAAGAGUAAAUUAUCUGUGUUUUACAAACGUUCCUAUAUUACCCAUCGAUUCUCUUGGAGGUGGAUAAACUCGUCUCAUGAGUCGUAUUUAAUCAAGGGCAAAAUCAUCUUUUAACUCUAUAUAUUGUAAAAUGAGUUUAUUUUUUGGGAUGAUGCAUGUAUGUAUGUAUCACAGAGUGUAUUUAACAAAAUGAAAAGAUUUCAAUUCAUGGAAUAAACCACAAAUCGGAUUUCAAGUUUUAA